CUCCUACUCCGACCACCUCACUAAAUAUAUUGUUCCCAUCAUCAUGUCUUUCGUCAAACAUUGAGUUUCUCUCUCUUUCUCAUUUGUUUCUCAGAGACACACACAUAGCCUAAGCCAAAUUAGCCACAUAAUACCUACCUAUUCUCAUUGAAAUGAAACGCCAGCAUUGUUUUUCAAUAAAAUAAUUGCAUGACUGCAACACACCAUAAUAAUUGACUCAUUCGGGUUUACGAAAAGACAGACAAGCAUUAAUUGCAUUUAGCGAUCCUUGGACUAUUUUCAGUUUUCACCAGAGCACUGUAUGAACUACUGUCUAAGAGAAAGAAAAAGCUGUUGUUCUUAGACCAACAAAGAGGUUGAAGAGCAAAGAGAAAAGGAUUAUGGAGGAUUUGUGGACUAUAUUCUGUGGGGAGUCUGGUUGUUCAGACAGUAGUGGAAAGCCAUGCAGUUCUGAUUUUGUGUUUUUAAGCAAUCCCUCAUCAUGUAUUAAUCACAUGUUGAUCAUUUGCUUCGAUAUCUUGCUCUUGGCCCUGCUUAUAUUCAAUAUGGUUCAGAAGUCAUCAUCUAAAUCAUCUGUGGUUCCAGCUCGAUUUCAAGGAUUUUCAAAUUUGCAGAUAUUUUCUGCAGUUUUCAAUGGAUGUGUUGGAUUCGUUUACUUGUGCUUUGGCAUUUGGAUUUUGGAGGAGAAAUUGAGGAAAAUGAAGACUGCUUUACCUCUUGACGGGUGGUUACUACAGUUGUUUCAAGGGUUCACAUGGUUGUUGGUGAGUUUAGCUGUGAGUCUUCAGGGAAAAAAGCUUCCAAGAGGACCAUUAAGGCUAUUGAGCAUUCUUGCCUUUUUGUUUGCUGUAAUCGUCUGCGCUCUAUCUCUGUCUGGUGCCAUUUUAAAGAAAGAAGUAUCAAUUAAGGCAGCAUUAGAUAUCCUGUCUUGUCCAGGAGCUAUAUUGUUGCUGUUCUGUACGUACAAGGGGUAUAAAUAUGAAGCAAGUGACCAAAGUAUCAGUGAAAGUACUCUUUAUACCCCUUUAAAUGGUGAGGCCAGUGGCAUAAGUAAAAGUGAUUCUGUUUGCCCUGUUACUACCUUUGCCAAAGCUGGAUUCUUUAGUAGAUUUUCUUUUUGGUGGAUGAAUUCAUUGAUGAAAAAGGGCAGGGAGAAAACUCUUGAGGAUGAAGAUAUACCAAAAUUGCGCAAGGCAGAUCAAGCAGAAAGUUGCUAUUUGUUGUUCUUGGAGCAACUUAACAAACAGAAGCAAAAGGAACCGACUUCCCAACCAUCGAUUCUGAGGACAAUAAUUAUUUGCCAUUGGAAAGAGAUCCUUAUUUCUGGAUUCUUUGCUUUGUUAAAGAUACUUACGCUAUCUGCUGGUCCUUUAGUUCUGAAUGCCUUUAUAUUGGUUGCUGAGGGAAAAGAAAGUUUCAAGUAUGAAGGCUAUGUAUUGGCAAUAACACUUUUCUUCUCAAAGAGCAUAGAAUCCCUAGCUCAAAGGCAGUGGUACUUCCGCUGCAGGCUUAUUGGUCUGAAAGUGAGGUCUUUGCUCACAGCUGCCAUUUACAAGAAACAACUGAGAUUAUCCAAUGCUGCUAGGUUGACGCAUUCAGGAGGGGAGAUCAUGAAUUAUGUUACUGUGGAUGCUUAUAGGAUUGGCGAGUUCCCAUUUUGGUUCCAUCAAACUUGGACAACAAGCCUUCAGCUCUGUAUUGCGUUAGUUAUUCUUUAUCGUGCAGUGGGGCUAGCAACAAUUGCAUCUUUGGUGGUGAUAGUUCUCACCGUGCUUUGCAAUGCUCCACUUGCAAAGUUACAGCAUGAAUUUCAAAGUAAGCUUAUGGCUGCACAGGAUGAGAGACUGAAGGCUAGUACCGAGGCUCUUAUCAACAUGAAGGUGUUAAAAUUAUAUGCGUGGGAAAAACAUUUCAAAAAUGCAAUUGAAAAUUUAAGGAAGGUGGAGUACAAAUGGUUAUCAGCAGUGCAGUUACGAAAAGCAUAUAAUAGCUUUCUCUUUUGGACGUCUCCUGUGUUGGUCUCUGUUGCAACCUUUGGAGCAUGCUAUUUUCUCAAAGUUCCUCUACAUGCAAAUAACGUUUUCACUUUUGUAGCAACUUUACGCCUUGUUCAGGAUCCCAUUAGAUCUAUUCCUGAUGUUAUUGGGGUGGUCAUUCAAGCAAGGGUUGCAUUUACACGUAUCUUGAAAUUUCUCGAGGCACCAGAGCUGCAGAGCACAAAUAUACAGAGGAAGACCAAUGUGGACAGUGUAAAUGACACCAUUUUAAUCAAGUCUGCCAAUUUCUCAUGGGAAGAGAAUUCAUCAAAGCCGACGCUGAAAAACAUAAAUCUGGAGAUUAGACCAGGACAAAAGGUGGCUAUAUGUGGAGAAGUUGGCUCAGGCAAAUCAACCCUUCUUGCAGCAAUUCUUGGUGAAGUUCCACUCAUUCAGGGAACUACUCAAAUUUAUGGGAAGAUUGCCUAUGUUUCUCAAACGGCAUGGAUCCAGACAGGGACGAUACAAGAAAACAUUUUGUUUGGGUCUGAAAUGGACAGUCAAAGGUACAGAGAAACACUUGAAAGGUGUUCACUGGUAAAGGACCUUGAGUUGCUUCCCUAUGGUGAUCUCACUGAAAUAGGGGAGAGAGGAGUUAAUCUGAGCGGUGGUCAAAAGCAGCGAAUUCAACUUGCUCGUGCUCUUUAUCAAAAUGCUGAUAUAUACCUCAUGGAUGAUCCAUUUAGUGCUGUUGAUGCACAAACUGCCACAAGCUUAUUCAAUGAUUAUGUUAUGGAAGCACUUUCUGGGAAGACAGUUUUACUUGUAACCCACCAAGUUGAUUUCCUGCCUGCAUUUGAUUCUGUUCUGUUGAUGUUAGACGGGGAAAUCCUACAAGCAGCUCCUUAUCAUCAAUUAUUGGCCUUAAGCCAAGAAUUUCGGGAUCUUGUCAAUGCACAUAAAGAGACUGCUGGUUCUGAUAGGCUUGCAGAUGUUACUGCUGCCCAGGGAGUUGGAACAGUUGCGAGAGAUAUCAGGAAGACUUAUGUAGAGAAGCAAUUUAAAGGAUCUAAAGGAGACCAAUUGAUCAAGCUAGAGGAGAAAGAAAUUGGAGACACGGGAUUUAGACCUUAUCUACAAUAUCUAAAUCAGAACAAGGGGUUCUUGUACUUCUCCAUGGCCAGUCUUUGUCACAUUAUAUUUGUGACUGGUCAGAUAUCACAGAACUCUUGGAUGGCUGCUAAUGUUGAAAAUCCCAAUGUUAGCACAUUGCGGUUGAUAACGGUUUACUUGCUGAUUGGAAUUUCCUCAACACUAUUUUUGCUAGGUCGGUCACUUUUUUCAGUUGUUUUGGGUCUUCAAUCAUCAAAAUCUUUAUUUUCACAGCUACUUAACUCCCUCUUUCGUGCACCAAUGGCUUUUUAUGACUCCACGCCUCUGGGAAGGAUACUUAGUCGGGUCUCAUCUGAUCUGAGUAUCGUCGAUCUUGAUGUCCCUUUCUUCUUUAUCUUUGCUGUGGGGGCUACCACUAAUGCUUAUGCCAAUCUUGGAGUUCUGGCCGUUGUUACCUGGCAAGUUCUGUUUGUCUCCAUACCAAUGCUUUUUCUGGCAAUUCUCUUACAGAGGUAUUAUUUUUCAUCAGCAAAAGAGUUUAUGCGGAUCAAUGGCACAACCAAGUCCUUCGUAGCAAAUCAUUUAUCUGAGUCUCUAGCAGGAGCCAUGACUAUAAGAGCUUUUGAGGAGGAAGACCGAUUCUUUGCAAAGAAUCUUGAACUGAUUGAUAGAAAUGCUAGUCCUUUUUUCCAUAGUUUUGCAGCAAAUGAGUGGUUGAUCCAAAGAUUAGAAACACUUAGUGCAGGUGUUCUUGCCUCUUCAGCACUCUGCAUGGUUUUGCUUCCUCCCGGAACUUUUAGCUCUGGAUUUAUUGGAAUGGCACUUUCUUAUGGUCUUUCAUUAAACAUGUCACUUGUCUUCUCAAUUCAAAAUCAGUGCACUUUAGCAAAUUACAUCAUUUCUGUAGAAAGGCUAAAUCAAUACAUGCAUAUACCUAGUGAGGCUCCUGAAGUAAUAGAAGGGAACCGGCCUCCAACAAAUUGGCCAUCUGUGGGUAAAGUUGAGAUACAUGAUUUGCAGAUUAGAUAUAGGCCUGAUGCACCACUUGUUCUUCGGGGGAUCAGUUGCACAUUUGAGGGAGGGCACAAAAUAGGUAUUGUUGGUAGAACUGGCAGUGGGAAGACCACUCUCAUAGGUGCUCUAUUUCGUCUGGUGGAGCCAGCUGGAGGGAAGAUUAUAGUAGAUGGAAUUGACAUUUCUAUGAUUGGACUUCAUGAUCUUCGCUCGCGUUUUGGUAUAAUACCUCAAGAUCCUACUCUUUUUAAUGGGACUGUGAGAUUCAAUUUGGAUCCCUUGUCUCAACAUUCUGACAAGGAAAUAUGGGAGGUUCUUGAGAAGUGUCAACUGGACGAUGCUGUCAAGGAGAAAGAAACGGGCUUAGACUCCUUAGUUCUGGAAGAUGGAUCAAAUUGGAGCCAGGGGCAACGGCAAUUAUUCUGUUUGGGGCGUGCACUUUUGAGGAGAAGUCGGAUAUUAGUGCUUGAUGAAGCAACUGCAUCAAUUGAUAAUGCAACAGAUACGAUUCUGCAGAAAACAAUCAGGACUGAAUUUGCUGAUUGUACUGUGAUUACAGUGGCCCACAGGAUACCGACAGUGAUGGAUUGCACAAUGGUUCUUGCUAUUAGUGAUGGGAAAAUAGUGGAGUAUGAUGAGCCAAUGAAGUUAAUGAAGAGAGAAGGUUCACUGUUUGGGCAGCUUGUCAAGGAAUACUGGUCUCAUCUUCAGUCUGCAGAAUCACAUUGAAUCACUGAGCUUUUGUUUCUCAGGCUUGGUGACAAUCAAGAUAAAAAAAAAAAAGGUACAAGUAGGAGGUAGGAUGAUAUGGCAAUAUCACUGGGGUUGUAGUCUAUAGAGCGACAAGAAGAGGUUGCAAGGCCACACUUAUAGAAUGUGUAAUGUAACUAGUUGUAUUCAUAUGUCAUGCUUCCUUAUUCCCAAAAGGCAACGAGUUCAUGAGAAAUUCAAAAAGCUCUACCUUUACAAGUUGAAUUCGCCACCUUGAUAUAGACAGUUUUAUUCAACCAUGCACCUUUGUGUUGAUCUCACCUGACCGCAUAGGGUCAUGUAGAAAGCUUUUAGAGCCAGCUAUGCGUUACGGUUGAGCCAGUACAAUGCCAUUUGCGUCCUUCCUAAGUUUCAAAAGACUGAUGAUGUUCUAAUUCAAUGUAACACAAUAACUCCAUUCUGAGUUUAGCAUCGGUUUCAUUUCACAUUGUAUGCAUUGAAGCAACCACAAUGUAGCAAAUAAUAAAAGAUUAUUGUAAGUUAGCUGUACUUGUAUUACUUGCAUGUACUCCAAAUAAAAGUGUCUUACUGUAAAUCUUUUGUACUCC